CGCGCGGGGCCGCGCUUCCGGGUUCGGUGCGUCCGCAGCGGCAACGCGCAGGGCAGGGCGCGAGCGGACCUCGGAGCCCCAGCCUCGGACCGCCCCCUCCGCGCCCGGCACGCCCGGCGCCGCCUUUCGGUCCCUGUCCCCGACUCGGUCUCGGCCCGUCUGGUUUGCGGCGCGGGCGGCCCCGAGGGUCUUGGAGAGCGCGGCGCGGUAACAAGUGGGCGAGGAUGCCGUACGAGAUCAAGAAGGUGUUCGCCAGCCUCCCCCAGGUGGAGAGGGGCGUCUCCAAAAUCAUCGGCGGCGACCCCAAGGGCAAUAAUUUUCUUUACACCAAUGGGAAGUGCGUCAUCCUAAGGAACAUCGACAACCCAGCGCUCGCCGACAUCUACACGGAGCAUGCUCAUCAGGUGGUGGUGGCCAAGUACGCGCCCAGCGGAUUCUACGUCGCCUCUGGAGACGUGUCUGGGAAGCUGAGGAUCUGGGAUACCACGCAGAAGGAACAUCUCCUGAAGUACGAGUAUCAGCCUUUCGCGGGGAAGAUCAAGGACAUUGCUUGGACAGAAGACAGUAAGAGGAUCGCAGUGGUCGGGGAAGGAAGGGAGAAGUUUGGCGCCGUCUUCCUGUGGGACAGUGGCUCUUCCGUGGGUGAGAUCACGGGACACAACAAAGUCAUCAACAGCGUGGACAUCAAGCAGAGCAGGCCAUACCGGCUGGCAACCGGCAGCGACGAUAACUGCGCCGCAUUCUUUGAGGGGCCACCUUUCAAGUUCAAGUUUACAAUUGGCGACCACAGCCGCUUCGUCAACUGUGUGCGAUUCUCUCCCGAUGGGAACAGAUUUGCCACGGCCAGCGCUGACGGCCAGAUAUACAUCUACGAUGGGAAGACGGGCGAGAAAGUGUGUGCGCUGGGAGGGAGCAAGGCCCACGACGGGGGCAUCUAUGCUAUCAGUUGGAGUCCUGAUAGCACCCAUUUGCUUUCUGCUUCCGGAGACAAAACCUCUAAAAUUUGGGACGUCAAUGUGAACUCUGUCGUCAGCACGUUUACCAUGGGCUCCAACGUCCUGGACCAGCAGCUGGGCUGCCUGUGGCAGAAGGACCACCUUCUCAGCGUCUCCCUGUCUGGGUACAUCAAUUACCUGGACAAAAACAACCCCAGCAAACCCCUGCGGGUGAUCAAGGGUCACAGCAAAUCAAUCCAGUGCCUGACAGUGCAUAAAAACGGCGGCAAGUCCUACAUCUACUCUGGGAGCCAUGACGGACACAUUAAUUACUGGGAUUCCGAGACGGGGGAGAACGACUCCUUCGCUGGGAAGGGCCACACGAACCAGGUGUCCCGGAUGACCGUGGACGAGGCCGGGCAGCUGGUGAGCUGCAGCAUGGACGACACGGUGCGGUACACGAACCUCACGCUGCGGGACUACAGUGGACAGGGAGUUGUGAAACUGGACGUUCAACCCAAGUGUGUAGCUGUGGGCCCUGGAGGAUACGCGGUGGUCGUGUGCAUCGGCCAGAUCGUCUUGCUGAAGGGUCAGAAGAAGUGCUACAGCAUCGACAACCCCGGCUACGAGCCCGAAGUGGUGGCAGUGCACCCCGGUGGCGACAUGGUGGCUGUGGGGGGCUCGGACGGGAAUGUCCGCUUGUACUCCAUCCUGGGCACCACGCUGAAGGACGAGGACAAGCUCCUGGAGGCCAAGGGCCCGGUGACUGACUUGGCGUAUUCCCACGACGGCGCCUUCCUCGCCGUGUGCGACGCCAGCAAGGUGGUCACGGUCUUCAGCGUGGCCGACGGCUACUCGGAGAACAACGUUUUCUAUGGACACCAUGCAAAGAUCGUCUGCCUGGCCUGGUCACCAGACAAUGAGCAUUUUGCCUCGGGUGGCAUGGACAUGAUGGUGUACGUCUGGACCCUGAGUGACCAGACCAGGGUCAAGAUCCAAGAUGCUCACCGGCUCCACCACGUCAGCAGCCUGGCUUGGCUGGACGAGCACACGCUGGUCACGACCUCCCACGACGCCUCUGUCAAAGAGUGGACAAUCACCUACUGAGGACCCCCCGCCUUCGGAUGGACCGAAUCAGGGACUAGAGUCUAACCGCCGCAGAGCAUCAUUUCUCUAAAUAUCUCUGUAAUGUCCCCGCGCCCCCGCCCCACGCAGGAGGGAGGCGCCCCGACUCCCAAGCCUGCGUCUCUGCAGGGUAUUCGUAUCUGUACACGUCCUUCUGAAAGCUUUAGACAGUGACAGUUUGCACAUAAAAACGAGGUGAGCACUUAAACUGUGGAGCAUAACUCACACCCCCGCCCAGCCCAGCCUGCGCGCGGAACAUUCCAGAGGCAGAGCCUCGAAAGCACACAGACCCGCUCCCGUGGCUCCUGCCGUCCAUCAGGAGAUGUCCCACCCCCACCUGCAGACCGCGGCUGCGCUGGGAGGAGGGCGCGCCAUGCGUUCAGCCGGAGUUCUGUGUGCACAGGUGUCACCUGGUCCCGGAGUGUGUGCCACGCCGCGUGGUCACCUCCAGAAAGCCCUUUGGCAGACAGGCACUCACGUGACCUUGUAUUUCACUGUCAGUUUUUGUGCUUCAUUUUAAGAAUGGACUCGUGAGGUUUUGUUUUUUUUUGUUUGUUUUUUUUUUUUAAACGUGUCCUAACUGUUGCCUGUCAUUGUUUACAAGCUAGUGGUUCGAGGGCGCCGUCUCCAGGAUUCCAGAGCCCUUGAUAGCCAGACUGAGGUGUGUCUUGGUCACCAUUUCACUGUCAGGCUUUGACGUUUUCCCAUCUUUCUUUUCCCCCUCCUGCCCUCAAAAGCAAAGAUUAAUUUAAAGGUAAAGAUGAAGUCACUGUAACCUGUCAUCCUUUUCACCUGCCUUUUCUUUUUCAGUGCAGAAAUUAAAAGUAAGUAUAAAGCACGGUGAUUUGGAGUUUCUUUGCGUGUGUCGGAAUCACUGGUAAAUGUUGGCUGAGAGCAAUCCCUCCCCUGCACUUGUGAAAACACUUUGAGCGCUUUACGAGACUAGACCGAGAGAUAAUUAAAUAUCUUUUCUCUUCA